AUGCUUGACAACAGCAUUUUUUUCGCUCUCUCUCUCUCUCUCUCUCUCUCUCUCUGUCUAACGCGAAACUACCCCAUUCGUCUGUGUGGAGGUGCUCGUGGCUCGGAGCCAAACUUAUUGAACGCCUGUGUCAGGACUUACAAUCAGGUUUGGGACCAGGCAGAUCAGGAGAUCCGUGAUCUCCUCGACUAUGAGUCUUCUACCGACCCGCGCAUUCUUCCAACCAAGGAAUACGAUUCGCAGUUCAACCAUCUGGCCUGCUUGUACGUCAAAUAUGUUCGCAUUUACAACAAGCUGUCAGAAGCCUACGAUCAGAUGGUGCACCCUCAAAAGCGACGCGUCCUCAAGCUCAUGUUGGACGGCGUGACUGGGCGCGUGCUGGAGCUCAAGCAUGCGCUAGUUGACUUGGACCGCUGCGACUACCACUACCUGGACGCCAUCCUCAGCGAUCUGAAACUAACGCCAGAUGAUCUGAAAAUUUACAUCCCCGGGUUUUAUCGCCAUGAGCAGGAGCGGGCCUUGAAGGAGCGCGAUUCGGUGUUGGAAUCUCUGAAUGCAGAGUGGAUGGCUCUCAGCCGCGGAGACGAAGCCGAUCAGCGCCCGCCGCUCUCCCGAGCCGGCAUUCGAGACCAAGAACUGCGUGAUCGCUUACGUGCAGAGCUCAACGAACAGCCUCCCAAUCCAGAGGAAGCAGCAACCACGAUUCAACGGCAUAUUCGUGGCUUUCUGGCCCGUCGCCAGGUACAACAGCAGCGCCAUUUUGAGAUGGAGCUGAUUGGCAUGGAGCCGCCUCCCCCCAAAAGUCGUAAAGACGACCCCAUCGCCAAGGCGGCAAAAAUUGCCGAGGCCCGACGUGUAACUCAGGCCCAGUACGAGGCUCAAUAUCAAUCGGCUCUAGUCAACACCAAGCAGAAAAUCCUGCAAGUAGAGGGACCAGACAUGAAGGAGAAAAUGUCCGACCAGAUCCGCGACUGGUUCAUGCAGGCACGCGAACAGACAGGCGCCUUCCCCGAAUUUCCAGAGGCCGAGGCCGGUGGUUCGCGCUCCAUCUUUCAGCCCCCCGAAGAGGCAGGAGCCGACGCAGCAAGUGCGGACGGCAAGGGUGCCGACAAAGGCAAAAAAGAUGCUAAGAAGGACGCCAAAGGCGGCCAAAAGGACGCCAAAAAGGAUGCAAAGGGUGGCAAGAAGGAUGCCAAGGGCGGAAAGAAAGCCAAAGGCAAAGGCAAGGGUGCAGAGAACGAGGAGGCACCCGCUGCCGGCAAGGUGUUUGUAUACAAGCCCAUGCUGGAGAAGUCGACGCAAGAGUAUGAUCAGGUGUGGCGCAACAACCUGGCAGAUCGGGGCAAUGUGCUGCAAAAGCACGAUGCCGACAUUGUGCGCACCAUCAAGCGCACAGAGGCCGAGGAGGAAUUGCGCCUCGAGGUGGACGAACUCAUGCGGCAGGAACUGAAAAAUCUCAAAGCAGCUUUGGAGACCGACAGCGGCAAAAAGGGCAAGAAGGGCAAGAAGGGCAAGAAAGGCGGCAAGAAGGGCAAGAAAAGCGGCAAGAAGGGCAAAAAGAGUGGCAAAAAGAGUGGCAAAAAGGGCGGCAAGAAAGCCAAGGGCAAGGCUAAGAAGGACAGGGACAUGACUGCAGACGUGCCCAUUCCCGUCUUGUAUAAGGAGCUGGUCGACGUCAAGGUCGUCAAACGCGUGCCCAACAUCACAAUGGAUGAGAUUGUCGGCAACUAUAGUUUUCUUGGCUCGCACAUUUUUGCGCAAAAGCGGGAGCCUGAGCCUUCGCUGGCGGAUGUGCGGCGCGUUUUGACAGAGUACUGCAUCAUGCCUCUUGGUUCGCAAGCCGUGCAUGAGACGCAGCCGGUCUUGGUUCGCUCCGUCCUCAUGGCUGGUCCACAUGGCACCGGCAAGCGAUCCUUGGCCUUGUCCGUGGCCAACGAACUUGGCGCCAACUUUUUUGACUUGUCGCCGGCCAACUUGAUUGGUAAAUACACGGAGAAGAAGGGGCUGGAUUCAGUCGAGGGCUUGUUGCACAAGGUCUUCAAAUUGGCCAAGCACUAUCAGCCGUCCGUCAUUUUCAUCGGAAACGCGAGCAGCAUUUUCGCAAAGAAGAAGGGUGACUCUAGCGAUGCGAGUCGCUUCAAAAAAGAGCUGCCCAAGUUUAUCAAAACCAUUUCGCCCGGUGAUCGGAUCGUCGUGCUGGGCAUUGAUGAUUGUCCCUUCGCGGCCGACACCAAAGACCUGACGUCGUGCUUUCAAAAGGUUUUGCUCGUGCCCAAGCCCAAUUACGGCACGCGCCUGAUGCUGUGGGACAUGUACCUGAGACGAUUCGGGGCCAACCCAUCAGGCGAAGUGGAUCCACAUUCUUUGUCAUUGAUCUCGGAGGGUUAUACUGCGAGCGACCUGGAGUAUGCAGUGAAGAUGGUGCUUACCCCCAUGCGCAGAAAACAGCAAGCUUACAAGCCGCUGCGUUCGGCCGAGUUUGUGGCGCCAUUGGCGAAGCGGCAGCCCGUCUACAAGGAAGAAAGCGCCGAGUUUGCGAAAUGGUACAGCGGCUUGCUGGGCAAGAAGCGUGAGGCCAUUCUCAAGGGCGAAGAUGUUUUUGAAUCGCCGGAUGACGGAGCCAAGAGUGCCAAGAAGGGCAAGAAAAAGAAGAAGAAAUAA